AUGACCCAUCGUAGCACUAAACAUUACCCUGCGCAGGGCAUCACCAUUACUAUUCUUAGCCGCGAUCCUUUUCCCGAGCAAUCUCCACAAGUUAAUGACAUUCUGGCUUCUGGAUCACCUGGAUACUAUACGGUUGAUCAGACUUCUACUCCACCUCGAGUAGCCUAUAGCACUCAACCUCCUUCUGAAAGUCUCUUUCUUCCUCCGGAGCAUUUCCAGCCACCACCCGAUCCUAAUGAUCCCUUCCGUAAGUUUGAUCCAGAUAAUGACCAUCUACCUCCUCCCGGCAAUCCCUCUUAUUUCAUCUAA